GUGCGGCCGGGGCCGCGGGAAGCCCCUCGGCCGGCGGGGGAGAGGGCGCUCUGAGGCGGAGGCCUGGGGCCUGGCCGGGCCCCGGGGAGGAAGGCGGACGGCUGGCGGCAGCCCUGUGGGGUGGGGGCGCCUGAGAAGAGUCGAAUAUGGGAAUGUAGUGCGCGGCGGGGUCCAGAGAAGGAGCGGGCGAAGUACUCAGAGGAGCUUUGUGGAAGACGAAGGGAUGUGGGAGCACAGAGGCGGCAAGGACUUAGGGGGAUGGUGGAGGUUAUAGGGUACGAGGCGGCCCUAUAGGGGGCGGCAGGGAUAUGCAGUGUCGGCGGGCUGAUUUCGGAAGAGGACCCGCUGCUGCUUGCUUGGAAUAAGGCCUCGUAGAUUGAAGUGAGUGAAUUCAGAUCUAUAACUCAACCUUGUUAGAGGGCUUUUUAAAAAAUAAAAAGUUGAUUCGGUGCAUGAGAGCAAGUUACUGCUGCUUACCGUUCAGAGACUUACAGGUGCUUGCCUGCAUUGCAAUAAAGGACUCAUAUAUUGAGCAAGACUUAUAUUUAUCUCUUCAUUUUGGAGAGCCUAAUAAACUGUUAUUACAGUUUCUCUACUGACUUUCAAAAGUUUUGAAGUUUGAAAGAGACAUCUUUACAAUUAAUACAGCAUGAGCACGGCCAGAACAGAGAACCCUGUUAUAAUGGGUCUGUCCAGUCAAAAUGGUCAGCUGAGGGGCCCUGUGAAGCCCAGUGGUGGCCCCGGAGGAGGGGGCACACAGACACAGCAACAGAUGAACCAGCUGAAAAAUACCAACACAAUCAAUAAUGGCACUCAGCAGCAAGCACAGAGUAUGACCACCACUAUUAAACCUGGUGAUGACUGGAAAAAGACUUUAAAACUCCCUCCAAAGGAUCUAAGAAUCAAAACUUCGGAUGUGACCUCCACAAAAGGAAAUGAGUUUGAAGAUUAUUGUUUGAAACGGGAGUUAUUGAUGGGAAUUUUUGAAAUGGGCUGGGAAAAGCCAUCUCCUAUUCAGGAGGAGAGCAUUCCCAUUGCUUUAUCUGGUAGGGAUAUCUUAGCUAGAGCAAAAAAUGGAACAGGCAAGAGCGGUGCCUACCUCAUUCCCUUACUUGAACGGCUAGACCUGAAGAAGGACAAUAUACAAGCAAUGGUGAUUGUUCCCACUAGAGAACUUGCUCUACAGGUCAGUCAAAUUUGCAUCCAGGUCAGCAAGCACAUGGGAGGGGCCAAAGUGAUGGCAACCACAGGAGGAACCAAUUUACGGGAUGACAUAAUGAGGCUUGAUGACACAGUGCACGUGGUGAUAGCUACUCCUGGAAGAAUCCUGGAUCUUAUCAAGAAAGGAGUAGCAAAAGUUGAUCAUGUCCAGAUGAUAGUAUUGGAUGAGGCAGAUAAGUUGCUGUCACAGGAUUUUGUGCAGAUAAUGGAGGAUAUUAUUCUCACGCUACCUAAAAACAGACAGAUAUUAUUAUAUUCCGCUACUUUCCCUCUUAGUGUACAGAAAUUCAUGAAUUCCCAUUUGCAGAAACCCUAUGAGAUUAACCUGAUGGAGGAACUAACUUUGAAGGGAGUAACCCAGUACUACGCCUAUGUAACUGAGCGCCAAAAAGUACACUGCCUCAACACACUUUUCUCCAGGCUUCAGAUAAACCAGUCGAUCAUUUUCUGUAACUCCUCUCAGCGAGUUGAAUUGCUAGCCAAGAAGAUUUCUCAACUGGGUUAUUCUUGCUUCUAUAUCCAUGCUAAAAUGAGGCAGGAACAUCGAAAUCGUGUAUUUCAUGAUUUCCGAAAUGGCUUAUGCCGCAAUCUUGUUUGCACUGAUUUGUUUACCCGAGGUAUUGAUAUACAAGCUGUGAAUGUGGUAAUAAACUUUGACUUCCCAAAGCUGGCAGAGACCUAUCUCCAUCGUAUUGGAAGAUCAGGUCGCUUUGGUCAUCUUGGCUUAGCCAUCAACUUGAUCACAUAUGAUGAUCGCUUCAACCUGAAAAGUAUUGAGGAGCAGCUGGGAACAGAAAUUAAACCGAUCCCAAGCAACAUUGACAAGAGCCUUUAUGUGGCAGAAUACCACAGCGAGCCUGUAGAAGACGAGAAACCUUAACAAGCAUGCUUUGACAAACUACAGAAGGCUCGUUUGGAUCUGUGACACAUCGUUUGGGGGGGAUGCUCUUCUCUUUGUGGGUUUUUCAUCUUCUUUUUAUUUUGGAACUAUGAAGACUUAAAAGAGCUCAGACAUUUUUUUUCUUUUUUUAACUGGUGAAGAGAAAAAGCUGAAAAGAAGGAAUUUACCUUUUUUGUUCCACUUGUUUGCACUGUGUGCUGACUGAACAUUAGUUGCACUAACCGCUGGUUUUUAAAAAAUGUUUUCUGGGGAAGGGGGACAAGGAAGGAAGAUAAAGAAGAGAAGGGGAGAAACCCUAAAAAGAGAAGAAUCUUGAUGAACACACAAGCUUGUCUACAAUUUCAAAAUUCUCCAACAGCUGACUCUUGAGUGCAUUUCAACUUCUCCCUUAUUACUCAUCCGUUUUUUAAGCCUGAAGAGCUUAUUACUUAUUUGUGCGAAGUGCCUUAUGCUAUGAGACCAUUCAGAAUAUCAUCUUUUAGACACAGCCCAAGGAGUCAACAAUAGUAAUUCUUUCCUUUUUUCUUUUUUUUUUUUUUCCUAUCUUUUUAAAUCUUUUGUCUUUUCAUUUUUGUUUCAAGUUGAAGUCUCUCUCUUCCCUUUUUACCCGAUACUCAAGCCCAGGGCUGGAAGAUGACACGUAUUAGUACUGUUAAACACCAUUCUCUUUUUCUUUAUGUGGAGGAGUUGAUAUGCAACUGCAGUUCAUCCGCACUGUAAAUACAUGUAUUUAAAAAAAAAAAACAAUCCCAAGUAAAAAUUUCUUCUGGGCUGAGUAGAUUACAACAUCAUCGCUCCCAAAGGAAAGAGCAGUCUAUCAUUGCAGGAGCCAUAUGACAAGCCUUUGUGCUCUAUAGCAGAACACUAAAGACUGGUUUACAUUCGCUUCCAUUAGCAGUUAUGGCACUUGAUGUGUAGACGUGUCGGAGCCUGACCCUCUUUCCUCUGUGGCAAAGCGCGUCCCAUAGAAAAUUGGGUGUGUAUACUUGUAUAAACUUUGUAAAUAAGUUUUUUUCUGGGUUCAUAUAUAUAUAUACAUAUAUAUAUUUUUUUUUUUUGGAUGAAGGUUGCUGGGAUUAAGGGGAUUAGAAUGAUUAUGGGAGCAGCUAAAGAUGAGAGGGGCUCAGUUUUCCGCAACACUAAAUUCUAAAAAGUACUUUGGCCUCUUCGUAUAGAGUACAGACCUCUGUGGUGACCCUGUGUUAGAAGAGGGACCCAGAAGUCUGGGAUUCACUGUUGCUACCACACUGUAUCAUCUAAUAGCUUUGGAGAACACCUGCCAGAGAGAGCAAGGAAACUUCAAAAACCUAUGACUCAAGAUGUUAUUUUUGAGGAGCUCUCUGAUUUGCUUCUUUCUCCCCUUUUAAAAAAAGUUUGAGGAACUUUUUGAGCUCAGCAAAAGGGGACAACGAUUAAUCUCCUUUGCAGUGUGGAAUUCAAUUGAGUGGCAGUGUCUGAGCAGUAUAUGUACAAAGCAUGGAUUUUGCAUUUCAGAAUAUUAGCCAGUAUCAGCGUUGGUAAUGUUAGCAGUUCUGGAGCUUACUUUCUGUGGAUCACUUCCUGUACUCUGUGUGUUGCCCUCUGCCCACCUUGAUACAUAAACUUGCAGGAAUGGGCAACUCCUGAGAGCUGUUAACUUUCAUGCUACAGAAAGCUGCUUGCCAUCCUUUUGCUUUGUGACAAGAAUUAUCUGUCAUUUUGCAUUGUAAAUUGCUGGCAAAUGCUUUUACAGUCAAUGGUGUUGCUUUAAAUUGUGCCCCUCCCAACAUGCUUGAUGUUUGGCCUGAUCUCCAGGCAAAAGGAGUGAGAUGAAUCAAACCAGUGAACUUUUUUUUUAAAUGUUUUUAAUUCCCUUUUAACCCAGUGUACUAGGUCAAUCAGGAGGCAUCUAGGGUUUAAAAAAAAAAAAGGCAAAAAAUAAAAUUAAAAAAAUUUGAAUUCCAUAUUCCAUUUUUUAAAACCCUAAAAUAUUACAAGAUAAGUCCUGCAUAUGCUUUCGUGCUUAACUCAUCUGGAUAAAGAAAUCAGUUAUUCAAAGUUUGCUUUUUUGACUCUUGCCUAGUUCUAAGCGAAACUAUUUGUGACUCACCCAAAACUCCUUAGGAUCAAAAUCCUGCAGAUGCCUCCUGAUCAGACAUAGCCCUUACUCCUUAAAAACCUGUAGCAAGAGCUGCACAGUACAAACCCAAAAAAGAGGAAGCUCAUUUAUUUGGUAUCCAAGCUAUGUUCUACACAGCCAAUGUUGGUUACUAAAUACAAGCCCUAAUUAAGGAAUAACUUUUUUCCAGGGAGGGGAGGGGGGAGGGAAUUUAGAAGGCAUCAACUUUUGACCAAAAAAAUCUUGCCCCUUGUACUGAUGCAGCUCUCUCUUCUCUCCCACCUCUGGCGAGAUAAGAGGGAUCAUUCAUUAUAGAAGAAAAGCAAGAAAGGCUUGUAAAUGCAAUUUUAUAUCUCGCUAGAGUGUGUGGGUGACAAAACAAACCGCACAGUCUUUGCCAUCCUCAGACUGUGCCUGGUGCCACAUGCCUGUGGGUCCCUCUUAAAGCACAGACUUAAUUGAAAGUAUUACUGAAGUACAGCCUCUGAUGAGGAGUGGCACUUAAACUAUCUGGGACACCACUAUUGGACACAGUCCUGUAGAGGCAGCUGUCCAGUUUUGGUGCUUGACUCUUGAAAGGAAUUGUUAAAUGGAAAGAUGCUCUAAGGACUAGGUCAAAGCCUAGUCUUUUUUUUUUUUUUUUUUUUAAAUCCCCAUCCCUAUAAGGAGCAUUGUUUGGAAAUUGUUUUUGUGUUAUUUCCACUAUUGGGUAUCUGUUUUAAGUAACGGUAAUAUUUUUUCCAGUGGUUCAUUUUGGAUGAAACCGUUCCCUAUUUUUAAUACUUAAAUUAUGUCCAACUCCUGGUUUUGCCUGUGGUUGUAGUUGUGUAAUGGGUUAUGGACUGUUACACACCUUGCUGCCUCUGGGCUUGUGUUUUGUUUUUAUCUUCCCAUACAUUCCAGUGGAGAAACUUUCUUGGCCUUCCCUUGGAAAUAGAAUAAACUUACUCUGAAGUGAUCUUCCAUGGGAAGAAGAGAUAGAAGCAAAUCUGAAUAUAUCUCUCAAUUAUCUUCCAGUUGGUCCCAGCAUCAUAAUAUGGAUGGGCCCCAAUGGCUGGGCGGGGGGGGGGGGGGGGGUAGGCAAUUGGUUAUCAAAAUUUGUUUUCAGAAUGAGAUGGGAGCAUCUUUCCUUUGCUGUGUGCUUUGUGUUUGAUACCAUCCUGCUCGGGUUAGAACCAGAUAACUCAGCACAAAGCCUUGAGUGUACAUUUGUUGGAAUCAAAACAUCUCAUUCUGAUCACUUGGGUUUUGUUUUUUUGUUUUUUUUGUUUUUUCUUUCCUUUUUUUUUUUUUUUUUUUUAAGUAGGGGUGGGAGGGAGGUUACUAUGCCCCAAAAGGGAGGGUGUCUGCACUAAGGAUUUAGAAACACUUUGAAAGCUCAAAACUUCAUCAGAAAUGGCCUUUAGCCACACUCCUGACCUUAUAGAUGAGUAACAAAAUGAAAUAAUAUUUUGGGAAUUAAGCCAUGUUGUUUUAAUUUGCUACUUUUUUCAACGUUCUGUCUAUCUAAAAAAUUGUUACCAUGGUAUCAUUUUCUGACAAAAUACCUUUGUCAAGCAAAAUUUUUGGCUGCCUGGAGCUGAAGUCAACUUUUUGGUGAAAUUAAGUGGACUUCGGUGAGCUUGUAGAUCUACUUGAUAUCCUUAAAGAUAGCUUUUAAAACUCCCAAAGAAAAUAUCUGAUCUUAAAAACUCAUCUUUGGGGUAAAGAGUUAAGUGUCCAAAGGCUGUAACAGUUCAUGAGAUUAGAGGGAGCUAGCCUGGCACCUGGACUCUGCCCCUCCAUAGCUGACCGAUUCCAGCAGAAGUGUGUUUAAAUUCUCCAGUAGACAAUACUGGGCAGGGCAAGGGAGGGGUAGGGCUGGGUUAUUAAAGAUACAGGCUACUGUAUUUUAACCAGUGGUUGUGGGGGAGGGGUGCCUGGAGAAAACAAAGUCACUUCCCUUUUUUGAAACAACCUAAACUUUAAAAAAAAAAAAAAAAAAGUAUUUUUGUUGAGUAAAAAUGGGAUAGAAUUCCAAUGUCCCUAGCCACAAGGGACUAGUUCCACUGAGAAGUGAACAGUGGGGACUCAAAUUUUUGAAAACAUUUGGGGAAAGGGAAAAUUGGCUUUCUGUUAAUUGGCAAAUGUUCCAGUGGGACUCUGUUUUUGUUGGGAUGUGUUAUGUUGUGUGUACACAUAUGGACCAGAGUCUUCUGAGUUUAUAAGGUUCAGAAAAAAUGGUUGAUAAAAUCUUGGUUUUUGUUAAUUUAUCUCAAUAAAAGCCCACUGGAACUCCAAA